CUACAGGCUUUAAGCUCCACUUCGAGCGGCUCCAUCGCUCACUCGGCCGGUAUUUUGCACCUCGUCUCCGAAGAAAGAGAAGAAGAAAGGAGGGAUGCGUGCAGGGUCCUUGAACGCCACACAUAAGUUCACGAGGCUGACAGAACGAGGACCCUCCUGUUGAUUCAAGUCUUCUUCUCUUCACCUUACCCGGCACAUUUCAGGAAUAUUUCUGGAGCACACCUCUCACAUCUAUAUGGCAAAGUUCCUGGCUGAAUUACUGGGAUGCACACUUCCAGACAAGGGCACUCCACCUUUGUUCGAGUGCCGGAGCCAACCCUAUCUCGGGCUGAGGCCUUCUUCCAAACAGCGGCCAACGAUCUUUGGGACAUUAAACAAUGAGAGAGCGCAGUUUAACAACAAACUGGACAACAUGCCUCAGACACCACCGUUCACGGGGCAGCUGAACACCGGCGGCUACAACAAGAACCUGUACCAGACCAAGGAGGAAAGCUACCCCGGCCUCUAUUAUCAUGACAACAACCUGGCGUCUGGGUCCCUGGAGGCCCUCAUUCACCACUUGGUCCCAACUGCAGACUAUUAUCCAGAUAGGACGUACAUCUUCACCUUCCUGCUCAGCUCUCGUCUUUUUAUCCGCCCAUAUGAACUCAUGUCAAAGGUGUGUCACCUGUGCAUGGAGCAACAGCGACUCAGCGACCCUCAAGCUGACAAGAUGAGAGUCAGGAAGAUCGCUCCCAAGAUCCUCCAGCUGCUGACCGAGUGGACGGAGACCUUCCCAUAUGACUUCAGGGACGAGAGAAUGAUGCGGAGCCUGAAGGAGCUAACCCAUCGGCUGGCCAUUGGAGACGAGGUUUACAGGAAGGCAGUUGGACAGAUGAGCCAGGGUCUGAUCAGGAGGUUGACGGUGCUCAGCCAGUACGAGGAGGCGCUGGUCAAGAUCAACGCCACAGCGGCCGAACGACUGACUGCUGUUAAGGCGAAGCCUCAGGCGGCCAUCCAGAGAGACAUGCUGUCCAUCUGCAACGACCCAUUCACUGUCGCCCAACAGCUCACUCACAUAGAACUGGAGAGACUGAGUUACAUUGGACCUGAAGAAUUUGUCCAGGCCUUCGUCCAGAAAGACCCUCUGGACAACGAUAAGAGCUGCUUCAGUGAUCACAAGAAGGCCAGCAACCUGGAAGCUUAUGUCGAGUGGUUCAACAGACUCAGUUAUCUGGUGGCCACAGAAAUCUGCUUGCCUGUGAAGAAGAAGCACCGAGCUCGAGUCGUCGAGUUCUUCAUCGACGUGGCGCGCGAAUGCUUCAACAUCGGCAACUUUAACUCCCUCAUGGCCAUCAUAUCUGGGAUGAACAUGAGUCCUGUGUCUCGGCUCAAGAAGACCUGGAGUAAAGUCAAAACGGCCAAGUUUGACAUCUUAGAACACCAGAUGGAUCCGUCUAGUAAUUUCUACAACUACAGAACAGCGCUGAGAGGAGCCACACAGCGGUCGAUCACCGCCAACAGCAGCAGAGAGAAGAUUGUCAUCCCUUUCUUCAGCCUGCUCAUAAAAGACCUCUACUUCCUCAACGAGGGAUGUGCCAACAGGCUGCAGAGCGGACACAUCAACUUUGAGAAAUUCUGGGAAGUGGCCAAACAAGUGAGCGAGUUCAUGGCCUGGAAGAAAGUGGAGUGUCCGUUUGAAAAGGAUCGCAAGAUCCUGCAGUACCUGCUGACUGCUCCAGUGUUCACUGAAGAUGCGUUGUAUCUGGCAUCGUACGAGAGCGAAGGUCCUGAGAACAACAUGGAGAAGGACAGAUGGAAGUCUCUGAGGUGUAUCCAGUCUGCUAAGCAGGGUCUAAUCUUCUAAUCUGAAGAAAUCAGAAUGACGACAAACCCCAGACAAGCGAGCCGGGCCCUGUCAACGCCGACGUUGUAUAAACGAAGUAUCCCCGUGUUGGAAGGGAAACGACAAUCUCUUCUUUGGCUGACGAGGAUCUUUUGUGUUCACCCCAGCUUCAGAUUUCUAUUAAGCUCUGCUUUUCCUCUCCUUCUCGCUCUUUGUUCUGUAUAUUUCAGGACAGCUGUUUUUCCUCUUUGUAUGACUUUGUAGUCUUUUUUUAAGAGAAAUGCUACAAACCUUCACAGUAAAAGCCAAGGGGUGCCAUGUUUCUUUUCUGAAGCAUUUCACCCCGAUAAACCUUCUGUGAGUGUAAAUGGAGUUUGUUGGGGUUGUUUGUCUACCCCGCUAGUUUUCAACAAGUUGUUUUUUCUCACUCAAGCUACAGAGUUAGCUGCUGGUUGGCUAACUCAACAGAAACGCUUUACUCGCUGGUUUCAUAAGCCAGCGUUCUUUGUACGGAAAACUCAAAACUUGCCUGGAACACAGUUUAACAUUAAGCUAGCCAUCACUUGUAGUUUUAUUUUGUCUCCUUCCUUUGAGUAUAUCUCAAGUUAUUUUCCUGAAGGUUUUGUUGAUUGUGAUGUGUAAGAAAAUGCACUGGCUGCAUUUUAAAGAUAUAUUUUUUGUUUGUGUGGUUAUCAUCUUUGUGAUUUUCUUAAGCAGGAAGAAACAAGUUUAUAUUUGACACCCCACACUCAGUAAAUUUCAACCAUACGAGAAACACUUUGGUUAAAUGGCAUCUGAAACCCCCGUAUCUUUCCUACAUAGGACUUGGGGUUUUUGAGAAAGACUGUUGGAUGCUCUGACGAGCACUUCGUUGCUGAGGCCUUUAGCAGUGAGUUUAAAUGGAAGGUGUGAUGCAGGUGUGUUCCCUGUUGUUCCUGAUAAUUAGUGUUAAAAUAGCCCCACUGCUGCUGAGAAGAUAAGCCGGGCUGUAGGCUACCAUUCAGUUUCACCUUUUGUUCCUGCUCUACUGUAGAAAAUGAGUGUGCUUGUGCUGCCCCCUGGUGGUUCAGUCCGAAAAGUGAAUGGAUUUUGUGUGGUCGAAUAAUGUGCACUGAGGAUUUCUGUUGAAACGCUAAAUGUGCUAAAUGAUAUCCCUUUUGUUUUUAUUUUCAUAUUAUAAAAAAUACAGUUUCUUCCAUAUUUGUUUUAUUUAUAAAUAUAUUUGUGUAGUCACAUUAUGUCCUCAUGCCGAUAUUUACUAUUAUUUUAUUGUUAUUUAAUUUUGUAAUAGGUACAUAACAUGCUUAAGUAGUCCUCAGGUAUUUGCUUAACUAUUAUUUUUAUAUACAAGUUUGUAUGAGACUUAAUUUUCAAGGUACUAGCUCAGCGUAUGAUGUUGAACGACUGAUGUCUGCUUUGCCUUGACUGCUCCUCCCUCAACAGAGAGUGCUGUUGUGAUUUAUGGUGUACUGUUUUUUGUUUUUUCCUUCUUUUUGUUCAUUCAUUUGUAUUUGGACUGUUAAAAAUGGAAAGAGGAACCAUUUGUUAUGAAUUAGUAGUGUUUAAUAGAGAAAGUUAAUAAAAAAUGUUUAAAAGUA